UUUUCUGAUACACAAUUGCGCGUCCGGCACUUGUAAAUGAACCUGGUAAAAGAUGCUGCUGUAGAAUCCGCCUUACCUCUUUCUUUUCAUCCUUUCACUCAACUCACAUGAGAAUGAGCAAAUCAAUUUCUUCUGGAAACAAGAAUCGAAAAUCAUCUCAAUUCAUCAUAAAUCAAAUAACCGCAGUACAUACACCAACAUCUAUUAUAUAAUUGCAACCGCCAUAUCCUUUCCCUCGUCCGCAUUAGCUCAGAGCAAAAAAUCACCCGAUACAACAAUGCAGAACCUCGCGCCGUCCGCGGCCGCCGACGAUCCAACCGCCCGGAGAGCUUGUGAUCAGUGUCGUCUACGAAAGAUUCGCUGUGAUAAAGAUUGGCCGUGUUCCAAUUGCAGAACAGCAAAGCGGAGUUGCACAUCAACGGGUGCUGGACAGAGGCCAAAGGAGCCUCGGCAGCGAGUCCUCAUCUCAUCUCAAUACGAGAGAAAGAUUGACCAGAUAGAAGCCCGCCUCGGCAACAUCGAAGCCCUCCUCAAAAACAUCUCGUCCUCCACCUCCACAGACGCCUCCAAAUUCAUCCACACCCCCCAGACAGACAUCACCAUUCCGACCGCCGCCUCAAACGCCGACUAUGACAGCUCCGACGAGGAGUCUGUCCUGGGCGGCGACUCGGGCCUGACGGUGCACACCACCUUUGCGAGCGAGUUCCUCGAGCGCGCCGUCAAGAGGGGGCCCCUGCGGCCUCUCAACCCGAAGAUGGAGACGGCUCUGGCCAAUCUCAGCCAGCUUGUCGAGAUGCAAAAGCAUCGAUCGAUAAGCCAUGGGCCUCGAUUCCCUCUGCAGAAGCCAGUGCCGCCGGGGGGAGUGAGCAAGUUGCCGAUGCCUCCACUGGCCACGGUAGUCUCCCUCCUCAAGCACGUCAAAGCCGCUCCUCCCACCUUCUUCACCAUCCUGUGCACCCUCGUCGGCAUCAAGGAGUUUGCAGAGCUGUGCAAGACCGUCUACUUCCCCACGGAAGACUUCUCAGACGCCACCUUUGCCGUGGUCAACGCCAUGCUGUACAACCUCUUUGUCGAGCAGCACUCGCUGGACAAGGAGGGCGCGUUGCGCGAAGAGUACAACUCGUACGUGGCCAUCUGCAAGUCGAAUCUCGAGACGACGCUGGCCAACUUUCCGCUGUUUCUGUCGCCAAAGAUUGAGAAUGUGCAGGCUCUGCUGCUUGGAUGUCUCUAUGCUAUUGACGUCUCCAGGCCCUCGGUAGCGUGGCAUCUCAUCACAAUGGCCGCCUGGCUAUGUCAAGCAGGCGGCUACCACCGUACAGAAUCGCUGAGAAACGACCCUCCAGUGGUUGCACAGCAAAAGAAGGUCAUCUUCUGGCAUGUGUAUACUUUGGACAAGGGCUUGGGCCUCAGACUUGGACGGGCGUCAACAAUAGCAGAAUGCGAUAUUGAUAUCAAACGCGAGUUUGAAGUCAACGGCUUCGACCAUCUCACAUCCACCACGUUCCCGACGUUAUGGGUCAAGAUUAGCAGCCUGCAGAGCCGAAUCUACGAACAACUAUACAGUCCAGUCGCUCUGGCAAGUCCACAGGCGGACUUGGUCCAACGAGCAAAGCUUUUGGCCGCGGAAUGCAGCCGGCUGGAGAUUGAGACGGAUGAGACGCGUGAAAAGGUACACAGACUGCUCAAGUCGAUAGGAACCUCGGAUGUCGUCGACGUUUUUAUCAAAGGCGACGAGGUCCAAUUCUACGUGACCAAGACGCUCAUCUACCGCGUCAUACCGGCACCGGAAGGCUCCAUUACCCGAUUCUGCGACGAGUGCUUAGACGCGGCCCGUCAUGCCAUGAAGACGCAUCAGGAGUGUGUUCAAUUCAUGGACAUUAGCACGUACAUGCGGUCCAUGUACAUUCAUUGGAACCUCUUGUUGACACCGUUUGCUCCAUUCUUUGUCUUGUUUUGCUAUGUCAUUGAGACUUCUUCGUUCGCCGACCUCAAGGUUCUCCAGGACUUUGUGGAUUCCCUCGAGGGCGGGAGGGGGCUAUCGGAGCCCAUUGACAAGUUAUACCGACUCUGCCGGGUCAUGUGCGAUAUCGCCACGCUCUAUGUCGAAGCCAAAGCCCAGCAGCAGCAGGACGAAAGCUCGAUAGGGGAUGAGUUUGAGAUGUACUUGAGCCAGCUGGGCUUCAUCCCCAAUGAGGACCAACCAAUGGCCAACGCCAACACCAACGACCCAGGGGUACCGGUUCAGGGCAACGGCCAGGUGGCUCAGCUUGCGGAUUGGUUUUUUGGCAGCCGGAACAUGAUUAGCCUCUUAGAGGAGGACUUGUCGCAGAUAGACUCGCAGAAGUGGAUGCAGUCCGACAUGUAGGGUUCUGGAUUUGGGCUGCGGCAUAUGAGGUGGCACUUAUAAUAGCCGGCAUGAUAAUAGUAAUAAUACCCUGGAAUAGACAGCGAUGGCAUCCAGUCAAUGAUUUAAUGUAGCCUCUUGUGUCUUGGACGAGUCAAUCAGUGGGAAACCUUGGGUCGUAGACUUCGUAUCCUUCAUCUUCCGUAUCGCUCUCCACGAGAGAGCCUUUGUAGAGGCCCGUCUUUUCUGUAUCCAUGAGCGCACGAGCGGCCUGGUUCGCUGGUUUGCGGGGCGCAUCGGUCACUGCUGGUUGCGAAGCAGCCGAGGUUGAUGUCGACGCCUCUGCCGCCGGAGCAAAGGCACUCUUGAAGCCAGUCUUUUUGAAGCCGCCCUUUUUGAAGCCUCCACCACCACCACCGCUACCGCCAGAGGAUGGCGCUUCCUGGUUGUUCAACUUGAUGACCAUGCCAUCUGCCUUGGCCUC